GCACCAGGCCCCUCCUACCUCCGGUAAGAAACCGUUAAUCCCUCAGAGAGAAACGUCCCGAGCAGAGAUCCGCUACACGGACACGCAGCUACCGACACCGACACCGACACCGCCGCUGUUUGACUACAUAUAUAUAUAUAUACCUCCGAACACACAGAGAGAUUAUGCCCGGACAGAGGUAACCGUCCCCGGGCUGCUGCCGCCUCCUCAGCCGGCUGAAGGACACCAGGAGCAGGACGGAGAGCAGAUGGAGAGGCCGGGCAGGCUGCUGCUGCUGUCCGAGCUCCGCGUCAGGAACGCGGCGUGCGAUGUGAGCCUGAGCCGGUCCCUGCUCACCUGGAAGAGGAGGAUCUCCAGCCCGGUGUACCACCCGUUCAGACCCAGUGUGUGCCACAGCGUGUCGGUGUCAGAGAUCAUCUCUGUCAGAGAGGAAGAGGAGGAGAACAGCAGCAGACGAACAGACGAUGGCAGCUGGAAAAAGAUCAAAGAGAGAGAAGGAAAGGACUGCAGGCAGGCCUUCACAGUGUUGUAUGUGGAGAGGUGUCAGCAGCACCGCUGGCGGUGUGCUGAGGUCACCUUCACCUGUCCAGAGGGCACGCUGUGUCAACACUGGGUCAGCAGCAUCAGAGAGCAGCUCGCAGCUAUCACCAGCAGACCCAAACACCUGCUGGUCUACAUCAACCCAUACAGCGGGAAGCGACAGGGAAAACGCAUCUACGAGCAGAAGGUCGCCCCGCUGUUCGCCCAGGCAGGCGUCUCCACGCACGUCAUCGUGACGGAGUAUGCCAAUUAUGCAAGAGACCACCUGAGGACGGGGGCGGAGCUGAAGAAGUUUGACGGGGUGGUGUGUGUCGGAGGGGACGGCAUGUUCAGUGAGGUCAUCCAUGGGCUGAUCUGGAGGACGCAGAUCGACGGCGGCGUAGAUCAAAACUGUCCGGAUGAAGCACUGCUUCCCUGCUCGCUUCGCAUUGGAAUCAUUCCUGCAGGCUCAACAGACUGUAUCUGCUUCGCCACUGUGGGCACCAACGACCCCGUGACCUCUGCACUGCACAUCAUCGUGGGAGACUCUCAGCCAAUGGACGUGUGCUCGGUUCACCACAACAACACCUUCCUGCGAUACUCCGUCUCCCUGCUGGGAUACGGUUUCUACGGCGACGUGCUAACUGACAGUGAGAGGAAGAGAUGGAUGGGACCGGCCAGAUACGACCUCUCAGGUGUGAAGAUGUUCCUGACUCAUCAUUACUAUGAAGGAACAGUGUCCUACCUGCCGGCCAAAGGCAUCGUGGGAACGCCACGGGACGCCGCCAGGUGUCGAUCCGGCUGUGUGGUUUGUCAGCACAACGGGCAGCUACUUUCAGAGAAAGCUGACAGGUACGAGGCGGAUGAAGGAUCAGACAGCGAAAGUGACACCGAGUGGAGGACAAUCCGAGGGAAGUUCCUGGCUAUAAACGCUGCCAGUAUGAGCUGUGCUUGUCCUCGCAGCCCCAAAGGCCUCUCACCUGCCGCUCACCUGGCCGACGGCACCACCGACCUCAUCCUGGUCCGAAAAUGUUCCCGCUUCAACUUCCUCAGACACCUCUUACGACACACCAGCAAGGACGACCAGUUUGACCUGACCUUUGUUGAGGUCCACCGAGUGCGACGUUUCCGCUUCACACCGCGUCACUGCCAGAGCGACUCAGACCUGGACCUGCGGGAGAACGGCAAACACCAGAUCUUCAGUCAGAUCUGCCGAGAUCACCCGGCUUGCGGCUGUGCCCCCGCCUACAGCAGCUGGAACUGCGACGGCGAGAUCCUGACCCACACAGCCAUCGACGUCAGAGUGCAAUGCCAGUUGAUCAAGCUGUUUGCACGAGGUAUCGAAGAACCGACAGUGUUUGAGGAUCUCACCAACCCCUGUGCAAUAUAGGCCCACAACCCCCAUUAUUCCCUGUCAGACACUGGAGUCGUCGUUCUGUUUCCAGCCUCAGCCUACUUCACUGUCGCUGCGGCCAUCAUGUGACACUCGCCACAUCCUUCACCAGGAGACUCGACAGGAUUUACCGUUUGUGCUGUCACUCAACAAAGAGCAGGAGACAACACUUUACUUUCUUGGUCAGUCCAAAAUGAUGUGUGAUUUAGUUUCCUUAAAACACUACCAGCUUUAAUUUAUUCUCUGGAAACUAGCCGCUGUCUUAAAAAAGUAAUCGGGAAAUGAUUGACAUGGAGAGUAAAGCUUCACCCUCAGAUUGUGCAUGUGUUCUGGGUCACACUGUUGGUGUUGAAUGGUUGCCGGGUGUCUGGCACCUGAUUUAUUUUUAGUAUUGAACUCCAGUCUUCAAACUGAGCCCUGCUCUGUUUGAUCACAUUUGUUCCUAUAAUCGUCAGAUCGUGACUUGAUGAUCUCGUUACCUUGAGGUUACAAAUGUUGCCUGUAACGGUGACACAAUGUACAAACAAACAACAUACUUGUUUUUGCGUUGCCCAAAACGUUGCUCUGUGUGUUACUGCCUGUAGAGCAGGCUGAAGCACUCAAAUCUGUGUUUGAUCUCAAGUCUGGCGUCUUUUUCUGUUAACUCAGACGUGUUGGGUCACAUAGAUGUUUUGCCUUGGACUCAUCUCCGUCUCCGUUUUGACUUGUCUGUCUUGUGGGUGUUAUGACAUGGACUUGUCUUGACCCGCCUUGUGUCUGCCUCAUGGGUGUUUUGAUGUGGACUCGUCUUGACUCUGAUUUGUCUGUUUUAUGGGUGUUUUGACGUGGACUUGUGUCUGCCUCGUGGGUGUCUUGUGGAUGUUUUGACUUGGACAUGUUUUGACAUGGACUUGUCUUGACUCUGAUUUGUCUGUCUUGUGGUUGUUUUGACUUAGACUUCUCUUGACUCGGACUUGUGUCUGCCUCGUGGGUGUUUUGACAUGGACUUGACUUGAACUUGUGGCUGUUUUGUCUCGGUCUUAUGGGGGUUCUGUCUCUGACUUGUAAAGGGUGAUAUGACUCUGAUUUGUCUCGGUGUCGGCCACCACCUGUGACAGACUCGACGAGUCCAGAUGUUUGUUUAGCAUACUGGAGUCAGCUGUUGCGGGACUUGACUCGGACAUGACCCCAAUGGACUCGGCUUUGACUUGAUCACAAAACUGCUCAGACUUGUCAAGGACUGGACAAGUGGUUUGUUGGUUAAUGUCUGUAUUGCUGUUUGUGAUUUUAUUUUGCUGAAGUACUCAAGUCCCGUCUCAGUUUAGUUUUGUUCUUUUAUCUCGGACUUGUCACGGUCUCGGUGAUUGUUUCAUUUCUGCCUUUUCUCGGUCUUGUAGGUGUUUUGAUUCAGACUUAUCUUGAUCCUGUCCGUCUGUUAUUCUCAUCUGUUACUGCGAUCUCGACGUGAGCUCGACCCCUGUUAGGACUUGAAACUGAAACUGCUUUGACUUGGACUUGUCUUGGACUUGACUCAAAUAGUCUGUUGACUAACGUCUAGAUUGAUUUUCAUUUGUUAUGUUUGUUAUUGUAUUUUUCUUUAUUAAUGCUGUAGUGCUCAAUCUGGUCUCAAGACGUUUCUUCUGUUAUCUCCAGACUUGUCUCUGUCUUGUGGAUGAUUUGACUCAGACUUGUCUCGAGUGCCGCCCUGCUGCCGAUAAGAACAGACUGAGAGUAUUUGUAUUUAUUCAGCUUAUAAAUAGAUAAGAAAAUUGUUACAGAAAUGUUAGCUUAUUUGCACUUUUAAAUAGUUUGAAAUGAUCCUGGAUUUGGAAUUAUCUGUUACAUGUUUUAAAGAUGCCAGACACCUGCCAGUCAUUCCUAGGGUCAUGUAAUCAUUCGGGGUUGAGGGAUGAUUCACAUUCACGAAAAGUAGAAAGUAAAUCUCCUGCACUUGUAGGGAAAAAUAAUGCCGACAGGAGAUUUAUUUUCCACAACUCUCCUCUCACAGUCACCGCCUAUGUUCUUCAGCCGUGUGAUGGUUUCUUUUACUUUCUGCUUCUCAAACUGGUCCAUUAGAUUUAUCUCCGGUCCUCCAUGUUUCAGUCUUUUCUCAGGAAAACCUGAGCUCAAUCGUAACUAUGAAAUUGUAUUUUUCCCAGCAUUUUAGAAGAAAAAUGUCAAAUUUUAAUUUUAGUCAAGAAGAUUUUGUGUCAGUAAAGCUGGUCGUGGCUGAGUAAGCUGAACCGCGCUAGCAUGAAUGUUUUUAAUCUUCCAUUUCUGCUCGAUAUGCAAAUGAACUGAGCAAACACAACACUCAAAAGUACAUCAUCAUCUGAUAAAGUACUGCUUUAACACAAAUGUUUCACUCAAACUGCGCAGGUCUUCAAAAUCAGCUGAAGUUGUAGCUGUAACUCCAGUUUACUCUCAGUGUGACGUGAUGUUUUAAACUCGUCUGUCGGAUUUAUUUUGUUUUGUAAAACCUCAAGUUAAUAAUCCGAACCUUCCACAAAUCAAACAAGAUUCACACACAUCAAAAGACCCAUGUUCCCCUCGGGAUGAAUUGUAAUAACUUUGGUUUUGUCUAGGUCAACAUUUUUAAUUUCAAUUCGUCCAAUAAUACCUGCAAAACUAAUUAAAUACCCAUCAGCCUCAGCUGUAGCAUGCUAACACACUCUUGGGGGCUCAACAUUAGCGCGUUAGCAUUGCCGUUGUUAGCACUGAGCUCAAAGCACCACUGUGUGUAAAUACAGCCUCACAGAUUGUGAGUUGUUGGAUACGUUUAUGUCAUAAGUAGUCAUUGACUUGUUUAUGGGGUUUGUUUAUUGUUUGUUUAUUUAUUUUGCACAAAUUAAGACAAAAAA